CUGCGCAGUGUCCGCCAUUGAGGUCCCACAAUCAGAAGGAAAGGGUCAGAAAUCGCUUCGAUAGGCAAUGGUUGCACGUUUCCUUAUUUCUUGAAUCCAAACUUUGACAACAUUCUUUCAUUAAACACGACGCCUACUGUCUAAUAAUAAUAGUAUCUAAUAGUCGUUUUAAUUCAUGGAUAGCAGAUUUAGAUAUUGUAUAGCAAUUUGAAGUAACCUUCAUAUCUAACGUUAGUCCGCUGUAAAGCUUGAGUGAGGUUAGCUAGCUAGCUACCUGGCUAGCUUUAGCUACACGAACUGAGCCUUGCUCUGGGGCAGUGUGCCUGCACUGUCGUUUGAUGGAUCCAAGAAUCGCUUGGUUUCAGCCAGAACAACGUGGACCAGCCAACAGCCUGUGGAUGCAGAUUUGGGAAACAACACAAGGUCUGGGGAAUCUGUACUUCAAUAACAACUGUAACACGGGUAGUUUGUCAAGCACGUCAAGCCUCAGUCAGAAAUCGAACAUCAACGGGACAUUGGGUAACGUAAUCUCUAGCAAGAACGGAGCUGUCACUAACAGCGAACCCAGGAACAAGGGAAUGUCCAACUCAACGAAAGACAGAGAUGUAGUCGAACAACGAGACUUUAUUCCGUUGGAAGCUAAUAACAACCACAACAACCGUUCAUCGUUGGGGAGGGGCAGCGGAGGGGGGCAAGUGGGCUCUGGGGUCUCAGGACACCCCAACAAAAGGAAAAGAGACAACAAGGCUAGCACUUAUGGAUUCAACAGUAGCCUCGAGACCGGAGGCUGUGGUUACACGGGAACACCAUGGAAAGUCAAGAACUACUCUGAAGGAAUCUUGGGGCUCCAUGAGGAGAUCAAUGACUUCUACAAGCACAUGUCUCCUCGGGAAGAGGAGGAGAGGAUGAGGAUGGAGGUGGUGGACAGGAUCGAGAGGGUCAUCAAAGACCUGUGGCCCACUGCUGAUGUUCAAGUGUUUGGGAGUUUCAGCACGGGCCUCUAUCUGCCAACCAGUGACAUCGAUCUGGUGGUGUUUGGGAACUGGGAAAACCUGCCCCUUUGGACCCUGGAAGAGGCCCUGCGGAAGAAAAACGUGACUGACGAGAACUCCAUCAAAGUGCUGGACAAGGCCACGGUACCCAUCAUCAAGCUGACAGACUUCCGCACAGAGGUGAAGGUGGACAUCAGCUUCAAUGUGAAGAACGGAGUUAAAGCUGCCCUUCUCAUCAAAGACUACAAAAAGAAAUACCCAGUGCUUCCGAAGUUGGUUCUGGUGCUGAAGCAGUUCCUGCUCCAGAGGGAUCUGAAUGAGGUUUUCACUGGAGGGAUCGGCUCCUACAGUCUUUUCCUUAUGGCUGUCAGCUUCCUGCAGCUUCACUACAGAGAAGAUGCGUGCAGCCCCAAUGCCAACGUGGGCGUUCUCCUUAUAGAGUUCUUUGAGCUCUAUGGGCGCCACUUCAACUACCUGAAGACGGGCAUCCGGAUCAAAGAUGGCGGCAGCUAUGUGGCCAAAGACGAGGUUCAGAAGAGCACUGACCUCUACAGGCCCUCCAUGCUCUUCAUUGAGGACCCCCUAGCACCAGAUAACGACGUUGGCCGCAGCUCAUACGGUGUGUUGCAGGUGAAGCAGGCCUUUGACUAUGCCUACAUAGUGCUCAACCACGCCGUAUCGCCCAUCGCCAAGUACUACCCCAACAACGAGUCUGAGAGUAUACUUGGCAGAAUAAUCCGGGUGACCCAGGAAGUAGCUGAAUACAGGGACUGGAUCACCAAGCUCUGGGGACCACAGUCUCAGAAUGAACCUGCCCUGAAUGGAAAUGAUGUCACACUGUUGGUGAAGCCUCAGCAGCUGGACGAGUGCAACAACAACCUGACGGAGGAGGUGACUGCAUCUCGCAGCAAGACCUCCUCCAACUCCUCCUCAUUAGUGUCAUCCUCAUCCUCCACGGUAUCCAGUUCCAGCGACGUUGAUUCUGACGGGACGCCCUGUAAGACAGUGAAGCAACUGCCUGGGCGGGGCUCCAGCGCCCACAGAGAAUCCUCAGGUGGCGUGACCAAUCAUAGAACACAGAGGCACACCACCAGCACUCCUACUGACAACAAGGGGGGCAAGGCCAGGUUGUUCCGCUCGUCCAGUAAAAACACCCACCACGUCCAGCAGAACUCGUCCUCAUCCAACAUCAAGAGCCACCCGAGCAGCAAGCCACACUACCAGGGCAACAGCAAGAAGAGGAAACCUCAGCAGCACUCAGAGGCCCAGGACCUCUGCAGAUAGGGCUGUCUUGGUCUGCUCUGCAACAGACUGACAGACUGACUGUCCCACUUCUGCUGCCAGACCACGUACUGACUGAGUAGUAUUAAGGAUCUUCCUUCUCUCAAGCGACACGCAUCUUUUUAUAGCUGAAAAAUAUCCCAAAAAAGAAAUAGGAAAUGCUGGGGCUUAGUUCUUGAAAGAAAUGCUCAUUUUCUUCCUUGACAUUAACCUGUUCUACAGUGGAGCUACACACCACAUCCAGUACCUACAAAUCUUGCCUUUUACCAUAGCGCCAUCUGGUGUUUGAGGAAUAAGUGUCUGGAAAGUAAUGUAGAUUUUGACAAGCAAUACCUGGAACUUGGCUGGCGAACGAACUUCAGCAAGAAAAGUUUUAAAAAAAGAAUAAAAUACACAAAUAACAAAAAUUUACAAAAUGUUAUAUUGAAGAAAGAAGGGGGGGGGGGAGUACACAGAUUGCAUUUUGGGGUUUAGUCUUUCAAUCUGUAAGUGGAGACAAUAAUUUUGUUUUUUUUGAUGGGCGGUUAUUUUUUGGUUGUAAUCGGAUUACACACAGAUUUGUACACAAAAAGACAAACAUGCAGAAAUCUUUUGAGAAAAAAAUAUCACAAGAAUGGUUUGACUUUUUACAGGAUACUACGGAUUCAAGGCAAAUAUAUAUGUGCACAUUUGCCUGCUAAUCUGAGUAGUGGCAGGUUUGGGUUUCAUUGCCAACAUAAAUCAUCAGCAUUCUAUUUCUACUUGGCUGCUCUCUCAAUGUGUUGACAGGCUUAUUUCCAAAUUAUACCCCCUUCCCGAAUUAGUACACUACUUUCACUAAAUAGGGAAUAGGGUGCCAUUUGGGAUGCACUAACAGUGUUAGCAGUAUGCCUUAGUCAGGUAACGUGCACACACAGCCCUAUAGAUUACUGGCUGGCUGGGGACAAAUCACUCAUUCAUACACACAGCUCUAUACAACAUCAGUGACGGUAUUUAGAGGUUCUCCCAGACUCAUAGAAUUACAGUUAGAGGACAUAAUGAUUUUAGAAAGAUUCUCCACUUGAAAUAUGUCUAAGAUCCACAGGUGUGGGAGGUAAUAUUUUCCCUUUGGUAAUUUACCCAUUAUGAAAAUGUGUAUUUGUUCAUGUAUUUUUCUAUUAAUGAUAUGAAUAUAUAGUACUAUACAUGUUAUACGUAUUAACACGAGAGACCAUAUUCUUGUAUCUUAUAUUUGGAUAGUGGGAUAUUGGGGAAGUAUAAUUGGUCAGGUACAGUACCAAUGUUGCUGUUUUGUGGCAUUUUGUUUUAAUAUGUGGCUGGUCUACUUUAAAAGGGAGCUGAGUUUUUGGUCAGAAUAUAAUGCAAACAAACACCUCUUUGUUAAUGUGUCAACAACCCCUCGCUGAAAUGUCCGGUAUGUCAACAUCUGAUUGCAGUUCCACAACUAACCUGUAGAUGGUGGCAUUACUCGACUCUUCACAGCUGGCACCUUCAUACUGCAUUUAGACCUUUUCUUCAGCGUCAUAGUCAAUGUAUUCAGACCCCUUGACUUUAUCCACAUUGUUACAUUACAGCUGGAUUCUAAAAUUAAUUAAAUUGUUCCCACCCCCCUCAAUCUACACACAAUACCCCAUAAUGACAAAGCAAAAACUGAAAUGACAUUUACAUAAGUAAUCAGACCCUUUACUCAGUACUUUGUUGAUGCACCUUUGGCUGCGAUUUACAGCCUUGCGUCAUCUUGGGUAUGACGCUACAAGCUUAGCACACCUGUAUUUGGGUAAUUUCUCCCAUAUUCUCUGCAGAUCCUCUCAAGCUCUGUCAAGUUGGAUGGGGAGAGUCUUGCACAGCUAUUUUCAGGUCUGUGCAGAGUUUUUUUGAUCGGGUUCAAGUCUGGGCUCUGGCUGUGUGCUUAGGGACUUUGUCCUGUUGGAAGGAACCUUCGCCCCAGUCUGAGCGUUCUGGAGCAGGUUUUCAUCAAGGAUCUUUUGUUCUUUGCUCUGUUCAUCUUUCCCUCAACCCUGAGUAGUAUCCCAGUCCCUGCUGCUGAAAAACAUCCCCACAACAUGAUGCUGCCACCACCAUGCUUCCCCGUAGGGAGGGUGCCAGGUUUCCUCCAGACGUGACGCUUGGUAUUCAGGCCAAAGAGUUCAAUCUUGGUUUCAUCAGACCAGAGAAUCUUGUUUCUCAUGGUCAGAGUACUUUAGGUGCCUUUUGACAGCCCGCUUGGAGAUUGCCAUGUGCCUUUUACUGAGUGGCUUCCAUCUGGCCACUACCAUGAAGGCCUGAUUUGGUGGAGUGCUGCGGAGAUGGUUGUCCUUGUGGAAGGUUUUCCCAUCUCCACACAGGAACUCUGGAGCUCUGUCAGAGAGACUUGGGUUCUUGGUCACCUCCCUGACCAAGGCCCUUCUCCCCCGAUUGCUCUGUUUGGUUGGCCGGCCAGCUCUUGGAAGAGACUUCUUCCAUAUAAUGGAGACCACUGUGUUCUUGGGGACAUUCAAUGCUGCAAAAAUGUUUUUGUAACCUGCCCCAGAUCUGUGCCUGGACACAAUCCUGUCUUGGAGCUCGACAGACAAUUCCUUCGAUCUCAUGGCUUGGUUUUCGCUCUGACUUCCACUGUCAAACGUUAUAUAGACAGGUGUGCCUUUCCAAUCAUUUGAAUUUAUCUCAGGUGGACUCCCAAGUUGUAGAAACAUGAAGGGUGAUCAAUGGAAACAGGAUGCACCUGAGCUAAAUUUCGAGUGUUAUAGCGAAGGGUCUGAAUAAUUAUGUAAAUAAGGUAUUUGUUUUAUUUUUUAUAAAUUUGCAAACAUGUCUAAACCUUUUUUUGCUUUGAUAUUAUGGGGUAUUUUGUGUCAAUUUUAUUUUUAAACAUCCAUUUUAUAAUAAAUAUAACUUUAGAAAUGUGGAUAAAGUCAUUUCCGAAUGCACUGUCUGUGCACUAGAUAAUCACUGUUUCCUAACCUCGGUCCUCGAGGACCCCCAACAGUACACAGGUUUGUUGUUGCCCUUGACAACUCAUUGAGGGCUUGAUGGGAAUGGGGGAUACCGAAUCAGUUGUACAGCAAUGCAUUUAACCCAACCCUUCUGAAUCAGAGAGGUGCGGGACCUGCCAUAAUCGACAUCCACGUCUUCGGCACCCGGGGAACAGUGAGUUAACUGCCUUGCUCUGGCAGAAUGGCAGAUGUUUACAUUGUCAGCUCGGGGCUUCAAUCCACCAACCUUUCGGUUACUGGCCCAAAGCUCUAACCACUAGGCUACCUGCCUGAUGUUCAGUUGAAUCAGGUGUGCUUGUCCAGGGUUACAAUAAAAAGGGUUAUUGUUGGGGCUACUCGAGGACCAGGGUUGUGAAACACAGAGAUGAUCCACUGGCUGUAAUUACAUUUAUACACAUAGUAGGAAUGUCUAAUUUGAGCUACAAUUACUAUUUUAGCAAAUAUGUUAGACAACAUAUUUGGGCGUUUUUAGAUGGUUGAAAAAUAUUGUCUUAGAAAAGUACAGUUUGGACCUAAAUGCAGUAUAUAUCUGUGAAUUUGAUUUGACACUUAGGAAACAAGUCAGGGAACACCGAAUGACUUAUCGGUGCCGUCACAAUCUGUAAUCAUAUCUUCUCACUGCAAGUACUUCAACAAAACUGUAUCGACUCAUCCAAAUUGUAGUUUCUACAGCUAUUCAAACCCAUGCAAUAAAACCCACAGUACAAUAA